AUAUUAUAAUUAAUCAACACAUAUUUUUUAAUUUUUCAUAAUUUAAUUUCAACUAUAAAUAUCCCUCAAAUUCCACCACUCCAAACACGCCCUAAUCACUCAUCAAAUACAUUUCACUAAAAAAAACCAGACAAGAAGUAAUGGAAACUCAAAUUUGGUCCACUUGUGGACUUCUACUUUUACUAACCAUUCUCACCUCACAUUUUCUGGCCAAACUUUUCCGGCGACCCAAGAAUCUCCGGCUGCCACCCGGCCCAAAACCCUGGCCGGUGAUCGGAAACCUAAACCUCAUCGGCGAACUCCCCCACCGCUCCCUCCACCACCUCUCCCAAAAAUACGGGCCCCUCAUGCAUCUCCGGUUCGGGUCGUGUCCCAUCGUGGUGGGCUCCUCCGUCGACACGGCGAAAAUCUUCCUGAAAACGAUGGACGCCACCUUCGCUUCGCGGCCCAAAACCGCCGCCGGAAAGUACACAACCUACAACUACUCCGACAUCACGUGGUCCCCGUACGGCCCGUACUGGAGGCAGGCCCGAAAAAUGUGCCUGAUGGAGCUCUUCAGCGCGAAGAGGCUCGAAUCGUACGAGUACAUUCGAUUGGAGGAGAUGAAUUCUCUGAUCAAGGAGGUGUAUAAAACCGCCGGAAAACCUUUUCCGUUGAAGGAUUUCUUGUCGACGGUGAGCUUGAACGUGAUCAGCCGCAUGGUUCUCGGGAAGAGGUAUCUGGACGAAGGAAAUGAAAACGCCGUCGUUUCGCCGGAGGAGUUCAAGAAGAUGAUCGACGAGCUUUUCUUGCUGAACGGGGUUUUGAACGUUGGGGAUUUGAUACCGUGGUUAGGGUUCUUGGAUUUGCAGGGGUAUGUGAAGAGGAUGAAGAUUGUUAGCAGGAAGUUUGAUAGGUUUUUGGAGCAUGUUCUUGAUGAGCACGAGGAGCGGAGGAGGGGGAGGAAGACGGCGGCGGAGGAUUGUGGCGGCGGCGGAGAUAUGGUGGAUCUGCUGCUUGAGCUGGCGGAGGACCCCACUUUGGAGGUCAAGUUGGAGAGGCAUGGCGUCAAAGCGUUUACUCAGGAUUUGCUUGCUGGUGGGACCGAGAGCUCGGCAGUGACAGUCGAAUGGGCGAUUUCGGAAAUCUUGAAAAAACCCAAAAUCUUCAUCAAGGCAACAGAAGAACUCGAUCGUGUGAUCGGACAAAAUAAUUGGGUGAAAGAGAAAGACAUAAUUAAUCUCCCUUACAUAGAAGCAAUCAUCAAAGAAACGAUGCGUCUGCACCCCGUCGCACCCAUGCUAGUACCUCGAAUGUCACGAGAAGAUUGCAAGGUGGAUGGAUAUGAUAUUGAAAAGGGGACACAAGUGCUGGUCAACGUGUGGACAAUCGGGCGGGACCCGGCAAUAUGGGUCAACCCGAAUGAGUUCUGGCCCGAGAGGUUUAUUGGGAAAGAUAUUGAUGUGAAGGGGCAGGAUUUUGAGCUGCUGCCAUUCGGGUCGGGUCGGAGGAUGUGUCCGGGUUAUAGUUUGGGCCUGAAAGUGAUCCAAUCCAGUUUGGCUAACCUGUUGCAUGGGUUUAAUUGGAAAUUGCCGGAUAAUAUGAAGCCCGAAGACUUGGAUAUGGAUGAGAUUUUCGGGCUUUCAACUCCCAGAAAGGUCCCACUUGUUACUGUUGUCGGGCCCAGGCUUCCACUCGAGCUCUAUUCCUUGUGAUUUUUAUUGCUAGUUCUUCUUUUCUUUUUUUUUUUCUUUUUUUUUUGUGUGUGUGUGUGUGUGUGUGUGUGUGUGUGUGUGUGUGUGUGUUAUGUUUGUGAUUUAAUGGUUUAUUAAUAAUGUAUUCUUGAAUAAUAAUUAGCAUUUAAUCUUGAAAUAAUAA